UAUUGCAAAUUAUGUAAGGCAGGAAAAGAAACAAUUAAACAUUAAUUGUGUGACAUGUAGGUACAGGGCACAAAGAAAAGCAUCAAAUGUCAGGAAUUAUAGGGCGAGAGGAAUUGGAAAAGAGGAAGGAAGAAGAAUAUUCACAUGAGUAAUGACAGUUGUUCCUGGUAUUAUUGACUAUUCAUAAACCAAGAAGCCUUGAGUUGAUAAGCAUGGAGGAGGAAAGAAAAGAAGUUAAAUUAAUGGGAAGGAACAUGUCUAAGAUGCCAUGCUUCCGAGAAACCUUCUUGUACAGUGUCAGCUCAGGUCUGGCAGCUGGCUUUCUGCACUUCAUGCUGACGUCAAGAAUCCAGAGAUCUGCAAACCUGGCAGUGGCAACCUAUGGAUGUGUGACUCUAGGAUAUUGGUUUUACUGCCGGUACAAUUACUCUGUGCAAAAGUUUAACAUAGGUCAGCUUGAAGCAGCUAUGCAGAAGCAAGCUUUGUAUGAAGGCACUGAAAUGGAGAAACAAAUAAAGAGGGAUGCAUGAAAUUAAUUUCUCAGGUACUAUUAUUUAUCACUUGCCUAUUACAUAAUAUGUAAUGUUGUACAUAGGGACUAGACAUAGGACUAAAUGUACAUAUCUUUUUGGUCUGUAUAAUCUGUAGAUAUUAAUUUCACAUGAAUUAAAAACAAUUGUUUUCAA